CCUCUUCUCCCGAGACGCCAGUAAACUCCGACAAUCACAUACGGACAAUUUUAGCGCUAGUUUUGGGCCAAAUUUGUCGUAUGUUUCACUCUUCAGUCACUGGGGGAAAAGAAAUGAUAUUUUUAUAAGGAAACGUUCCAACAUUCACAUGGUCCUGAUUUAUCCUCUAUUUUUCUAAUCAAAGAAGAGAAAACAAAGAAGUUUUAAUGAAUGAAGACAGAUUUCUGGACCAAAGUCAAAUCUCCUACUAAAGAAAUGUAUUUUGUUGCAGACGUUUUUCUAACGGUUCAGUACCUGGAAGUGCUUCCUGUUUAUUACUCGCUCGCUCUGGUUUAUAAUGAAGGUUUAUAUGCUGAAAUGUAUUCUCUCAGUUUAGCUGUUAGCAGUUAGCACUUACGACUACGCUUUUCUUUUACACACCUUUAAUCUGGGGUGGGGGGGGGGUGAUCUGAGGCAAAUUCACAGUAACACUUGGUCUUAGCGGUGCAUAUUGAAGUCUGUGCUGAAAUAUAUGAAUUUUGCACUGACAUAAGAAGAAACGUAAGCCUUGACACAGUAAGACCACUGUGUCUGUGUUGAACUGAAGGCUGUUGUGACAGAAGAAACUGUUCACGUGAUUAUGACACACACACACACACACACACGCGGCAGCAGCAGCAGCUUUUCUCUGGGCACGAGGGUUGGCUUAUUUCUGGACAUACAUUAAUUUUUAUUUUAUCAAUAUUGUUGUUAUGUUCAGGGUAAAAGUUGACAUGGUGUUGGUGGGGGGCGGGGUGGUGGGGGGGGCAGUGAAGUGCUCACACACUGUAUUCUCAGGGCACAGUCUGUGGAGGACGGAGCAGCUGAGGUGGUGACAAACCAGAGGCAGGUUAACGUCCUGUUGCUCUGACCUUUGGUCGGCUGUAGGUCACACACACACACACACACACACACACACACAGGUGUAGGGAUUCAAACCCCUCACAGGCUGUGCCCAUGGGCGGCUUCUUUUGGCUCACACUGCUGGGAAGUGAGAGGAAUUAUUUCCUUAAAGAAUAACAGUUCAUGAUUUAAACCAAACUGCACCUUUGACACCCAUCAAUCAUCUCCUCAAUGUUUCUGUGAUGUUGGUCUGACGGCACCUCUGGAAUAAUGGAAAUCAUGUUGUAAGAGGUCGGUAUUAUUGCAAUAAAGAGGCUUUCUAAACUGCUGCCUGAGAAUCGACUGCUUUACUUCUUCUUUUUUUUUGAGAACCUUCGUACAUCGUCAUUUUUUUAGUGUUUAUUCAGUGUUUUAAACGGAUUCGUUUUCCUUCUAACAAGAAACGACUAAUGUACAGAUCCCGUCAAUUACGGAUAGUCACCAGCAGAGGGCGAUCUCCAUUUUCCACGGAGAACUAAAAAAGACCAGACAAUCAGGUCCGAACCGGUUGAGAGUGAACGGUAGUAAACAGUCUUUCUUUCCUCCUCGUCUGGUCAAACUUUAGUUCAGUGUCCGGAAGGCUCACGGCGGCGGUCAGACCAUCAGGACGUCAGGUCUCCACUGUUGACGACUGGGACCAGAACUUUCUGUGUUUUUCUGAAGAGAUUCCCAGUGUUGAUGGAGCUGUCACUGGCUCCCCCCGUCAUCAAGGCCUUCAUGUGUGGCUCGUUGAGUGGGACUUGUUCCACUCUGCUGUUCCAGCCUCUGGAUCUGGUCAAGACUCGUCUGCAGACCCUGCAGAGCAGCGUUCAGCCUGGAUGUUCCAGCAGAGUGGGGAUGCUGACUGUGAUCCUGAGUGUGGUGCGGACAGAGAGGCUGCUGGGACUGUGGAGGGGGGUGUCACCGUCUUUCGCCCGGACCAUCCCAGGCGUGGGGCUCUACUUCAGCACCUACUACUCCCUCAAGCAGCACUUCUUCCAGGACAACCAGCCUGGAGCCACAGCUGCGGUGCUGCUGGGGGGAGGGGCUCGAGCUGUGGCGGGAAUAUUCAUGCUGCCGGUGACCGUCAUCAAGACGCGGUUUGAAUGUGGCAGGUACAGGUACAGGAGUGUGGCUGGAGCUCUGAGGAGUGUGUACCAGACUGAGGGUCCUGCCGCUCUCUUCUCUGGCCUCAUGGUCACCCUCCUCAGGGACGUCCCCUUCUCUGGUGUCUACGUCAUGUUCUACAGUCAGACCAAGGCCUCACUUCCAAAAGAAGUCAGCUCUUCUUCUGCCGCUCCUCUGGCAAACUUCAGCUGUGGGAUCGUGGCAGGUGUGCUGGCGUCACUCAUCACUCAGCCGGCAGAUGUGGUCAAAACUCAGGUGCAGGUGAAUCCACAGCUGAGGACCGCGGAGGCCAUCACAUACAUCUACAGGGAACACGGCCUGCAGGGCUUCUUCAGGGGGGCGGUCCCUCGGUCCCUCAGGAGGACCAUGAUGGCCUCCAUGGCCUGGACCGUGUACGAGAAGAUGAUGAUCCACAUUGGACUGAAGUCCUGAAGAAGAGAAGGUCAAAGUCAUGUGACCCCAUGACAGUCCUACAGUCGGGAGAGUCCGUGGUGAGCCAAGGACUCCCCCUGGUGUGCAGGGGCAGCUGCUGCUGGUGUUUUUCUCCCUGUAGUGCUUCACUGGAUCGUAGCAAGUGGGCUUCAAACCACUGACCGGCAAGUGGCAUUUUAUUUUCACGUCACUGCUACCACAGAAGAAGAAGAAGAAGAUUUUUGAUUUUUAAAAUAACACUUCAUUAACAGGAGGUGUAAAAACUGUAACGCACGGAGAAGAAGAAGAAAUCGUCUGUGGAGCAGCUAAAAAAAAUCAAUAUUACACAAUAAAGAAUGAAUAAAGAAAAUAUAUGAUACUUAAACAACCCACAAGGGGGCGAAGUCCACGGUAUCUAAUGGCCUUAUUUGGAACAUUUCUUAAAUGCACUUUAAUCUUUGUGAUUGUACCACCUGAGGUCUUGCCUUUCUUACCACAGUAUUAUUUAUAUUUGUUAAAUGUCUCCCCUCAGGUGUGAUGUUGAACAUCUUUGUUGUUCUGUUACUGCUACUGCUAAUUAUCUUGCUUCUAUAAAAUCGUCUUUUAAAAGAUCAAA